UCCUUGAUAUAUAGGAUUCGAAUUUAAAUGCUUAUUUAUUUAUUUAUUUAUUUAAAUCCUUCUUUGUUAGGCUCCCCACUCUUGCCAUAUAAAUGUGAUAACUUGGCAUGUGUUGUGGAUGCAGAUUCUUAUCUAACCCUCUCACUCAAACUCCUCUAUCUUCUAAAGUUUUAGUUACCUUAUUGUCUUUUAUUUUCUCUUUUUUUUUCUUUUUUCUUUUCUCCUUCUUCCUUGCUCUUAUCACAAGGUAAAAGGAGAUAUGGCAGAUUGCAAUAGAGAAGACUAUUUUGCUGCGGCAGAAGUUGAGUCACCUACCGGAGGAAAGAAGUAUGGUGGGCUUGUUCCAAAGAAGAAGCCUUUGAUAUCCAGAGAUCAUGAAAGGGCAUUCUUUGAUUCAGCAGACUGGGCAUUAUGCAAGCAAGGAGCUGGAGUGAAUAAUCAACAAAAUACAGCAGCCAUAGAGACCCUUCGACCAAAACUACAGAGAACGCCACAUCAGCAGCUUCCCCCAAGAAGACCUGCAUGCACAUCUGGCCGAGAUAAUUUCGGAGAAUAGAUUCAUUCUUUGAUAAGUGGAACAAGAAGCUAAGGGAUUUGGUGAAUGAGUUUCACUACUCCUUCUUACACAUGAACCUCUUGAUGAUGUAUAUUACUAAGAUUGGCUUAAUUAUAUGCUUUCAAUUAUUUAGCAGUUCAAUAAAAUGUUUAUUUCAAUGAUCAUAUAUAUAAAGACCGAAAGGAGUGAAUGAAAA